UUUUUUGUUUUUAGAGAAAAAAAAGAUAAACUUAAACAUAACCUUACCUGAAAAUCUUUUGUUUUCGAAAAAAAAACUCAAUAUUUUCUUUUUUCCUAUAAUUCUGAUUCGUAUAGUCACAAUUAAAAAACGACGAUAAUAGCGAAAGAAAAGAAAUGUUUUUUGAAAACAAAUAAUAUUUGUUGUUUAAAAAAAAAACCCCCAUUUGGAAAUGUUAAAUAUUCUAAUGUGAAGAAUAAAAAUUUCAUAGGAUUAAUACUAUUUAAUGUACAGAGAGAAUCGGAAGCAAAAAUGAUGUCACAGGAAAUGAAUAAUAUUUCAAUGUCUGAAAAAGUCGAUGAUGAACAAUCAUUUACAACAAAAUUAAAAAUUAAUAAUUUUAAACUCACAUGGACAAUUGAAAAUUUUGAAUUUAUUUGUAAAUAUGUAAAAAUUAUUGAAUCACCGAGAUUUCCAUCAAAAGAUGUAAAAAAUGUUCAAUGGUUUUUACAAUUGGAACCAACCGAAUUAAAAGAAGACAGUAAAGAAUUAUUUAAAGUACGUUUAAUUGUCACCGAUGAUUAUCAAAGGCAUGUUAAUGUAAAAAUAACAUUUUUCAAUUUAACCGAAGCAGUUGCAAAAUUAGUAACACAUUAUUAUAAACAAAAUCUCACACGUUAUUGGACAAUAAAAGCAUCUGAUUUAUAUAAUGCACUUGGCAAAAAUAUACCAAAUUCCAUACAAGUAACAUGUGAACUUAAUGUAUUUGAUUCAGGAAUGUCAAUUGUGGAAAAUAAAUUGUCAUCUAAUUUUUCAAAUUCCAAUAAUUUGGUAAACAAUAUCAAUACAUUGUAUAGAGAUGAAGAUUUUAAAGAUGUUAUAUUUAGAAUAGGUAGAAAAAUUUUUACAGCACAUAAAGCAAUACUUGCAUUUCGAAGUCCAACAUUUAAAUUAAUGUUUAAAAAUAGAAAUAAAAGAUUUGAAAAAUUCUCUGCAAUUAUUAAUAUAACUGAUGUUACGCCAAUAAUUUUUGAAAAAUUACUUUGUUUUAUUUACACUGACAGUGUUGAGAAAUUAAAUGAAAAUCCCCUACAAUUAUAUAUUGCUGCUGAAAAAUAUCAGUUAAAAAAAUUACAAUCAAUGUGCAUUGAUAGUUUAAUUAAAAAUCUAACAACAGAGACAAUAUUAAUUACAUUAAAAUUUGCUAAUUUAAAAUCAAUUUAUAAAUUGAAAAAUAAAUGUUUAGAACGUUUGAAUACUGAUUUAAAUAUAAUUAAAAAUACAAAUGAAUUUACAGAGUUGAUUAAAGAAUUUCCAAAUUUAAUACAAUUAAUUGAUAAAAUGCCAGAUUUUGAAAAAAAUAAUAAUUAUGAUGAUGACGAUUAUGACAAUAAUUGUAGACAGAAGUUAUGUUUAACAUUUCGUGAAUAAGAUUAAUAGAGCAGAGAAAAUUUAUAAUUGAAUUAUUGUUUCAAAAAUGUAAUUUUUUUUUUUUACUUAUUGUAUUAUAUCAAAAGACUAUAGAACGAAUUAUAGAAUUAUUCGUUUAUAUAAUUAUUGUUAUUUAAAAAUAGAGUUAUUUUAUGUUUAGUAAUACAAUAAGUUAUGUAAGUUAUAAAUAAAUUUAUAUAU